UUUUCUCAUUGUUUCGUUUUCUACCUCGUUUUGGGGGUGAAUCACAUCUUCUGGUCGCUUCCAGAGAAUGGGUGCGUGGCCAGUUGCUGCCCGCAUAGCUCAUUCCUUGCACUGCCCUCUAGGCAUGCAGCAGGAGACAGCGCUCCUCCUUCUGAGAACUAGCUCCUGGAAUUCUGUAACAACGUGUUCUCUCUGAGAACUAGCUCCUGGAAUUCUGUAACAACGUGUUCUCUCUGAGAACUAGCUCCUGGAAUUCUGUAACAGCGUGUUCUCCGAGAAUGCAUCACUGGUGGGAAAGAAGGAAAUUCUGACGAUGUUGCGAAUCGGAAGGGAACAGAUAAGUUUCGGGUGUGUUUGUUCAUUUGUGUUUCUGGAAAUACGUUGGAAGGCAGGCUCUGUCCAUAUAGCGUUUUGGUCUCAGGACUGCCCAGGCCGCACGAUGAUGGACCUUGCCUCACGUCUCAGACGACCGUCCCAGAGGGUGGCCGGCGAGAGCAGGAGGAUGACCUCACAUUUCUGGCGGUUCUUAUGGACGCUUGCUCUUCUCGGUCUGAUGAGUCCCGUGAACAGCCAGAGGAAGGCUCCAGGGGCUCCUCGAGACUUGAAGUGCACAACCGCCAACCUGCGAGUGUGGGACUGUUCUUGGAAAGCGCCAUCCGGAGCGGGCCGCGGCGCUCUUUAUGAAGUUUGCAUUGAAAACAGGUCCCCUCCAUGUUAUCAAUUGGGGAAAACAAAUACUCAAAUCCCAUCUCUUCUACCUGGUGAUCAUGAAAUAACGAUAAACCCGCUACAUGAUUUUGGAAGUUCUAUGAGUAAAUUCGUACUAAAUGAAAAAGAUGUUUCCUUCAUUCCAGACACCCCGGAGAUCUUAGACCUGUCCGCUGACUUCCCGACGUCCACCUUACACCUCAGGUGGAGUGACAAGGGUUCUGUUUUCCCCCGCCACUCAAACGUCAUCUGGGAGAUCAAGGUCCUUCGUAAAGACAGCAUGGAAGUCGUGAAAUUAGUGACCCACAACACGACUCUGAACGGCAAAGACACUGUCCAUCACUGGAGCUGGGUCUCCGACAUGCCCCUGGAGUGCACCACGCACUCUGUGGGACUCAGAUGCUACGUCGAUGACCCACAUUUCUCUGGUCGCAAAGAGUGGAGCAACUGGAGCCCCCUGAAGAACAUUUCUUGGUCUGCUGAUUCUCAUGGCAGGGUUUUUCCUGUAGACAAAGUGAUACCUGUGGGCUCAGAUAUAACAUUUUGUUGUGUGACUCUUGAAAAAGUGUUAUCAGCCCAGAUCGGCAGUGUGAAACGCCCCCUCAUUCACCUUGACGGGGAGAACGUCGCAAUCAAGAUCUAUAACAUUUCUGUUUCUGAAAACAGUGGAACAAAUGUGGUUUUCAUAACCAAGGAAGACAUUUAUGGAACAGUUAUUUUUGCAGGAUAUCCACCGGAUAUUCCCCAAAAACUGAAUUGUGAGACGUAUGAUUUAAAAGAGAUUAUAUGUACUUGGGACCCAGGCAGACCAACGGCACUGGCGGGCCCUCGCGGCACAACUUACACUUUGUUCGAAAGUUUUUCUGGAAAACAUGAAGUUCAGAGACUUGAAGGGUUCAUAAAUGAAAGCUGUCGGUUACUCUUUCAAAUCCUUCCAAAUCAAGAGCUCUAUAAUUUUACUUUGAGUGCUCACAACCCCCUGGGCCAGUCACAAACACGGAUUCUAGUGAACGUGACCGAAAGAGUUUAUCCCCAUGCUCCUACUUCAGUCAAAGUGAAAGAUAUUAAUGCAACAGCCGUUACACUUUCCUGGCAUUUACCGGGCAGCUUUGCAAAGAUUAAGCUGUUGUGUCAGGUUGAAAUCAACAAAAUGAAUUCAGCACAAGAAUUGCGGAAUGUCACCUUCCAAGGGGCAGACGGCUCGAGUUACCUCACUGCUGUGGGCGGGCUGCAUCCGUACACUGUGUACGUCUUUCGGGUCCGCUGUUCCGGUGAAACUUUCUGGAAAUGGAGCAGAUGGAGCAGUGAGAAGCAGUACUUGACCACAGAAGCCAUUCCCUCGAAGGGCCCAGACACGUGGAGGGAGUGGCGCUCGGAUGGGAGGAACCUGGUGAUCUACUGGAAGCCUUUACCUAUCAAUGAAGCCAACGGAAAGAUACUCUUCUAUAACGUGUCCUGCUCGUCAGAUGAGAGGACAGAGUCCCUCUCUGAGAUCCCUGACCCUCAGCACAAAGCGGAGAUACAGCUUGAUAGAAAUGACUACAUUAUCAGUGUGGUGGCAAAAAACUCUGCCGGCCCUUCUCCCCCGUCCAAAAUCGCCAGCAUGGAGAUUCCCAACGAUGACCUGGAAACAGAGCAGACCGUGGGAGGGGGAAAGGGGAUUCUCCUCACGUGGCAUUACGACCCCAACAUGACGUGCGACUACGUCGUCAAGUGGUGCAACUCCUCCCGGGUGGAGCCCUGCCUCAUGGACUGGAAGAAGGUCCCUUCAAACGGCACGGAGACCGUGGUAGAGUCCGAUCACUUUCGACCAGGGGUAAGAUACAAUUUCUUCCUGUACGGCUGCAGGAAUCAAGGAUAUCAGCUGUUACGUUCUGUGAUUGGAUACAUAGAGGAAUUGGCUCCGGUCGUUGCGCCGAAUUUUACCGUUGAGGAUACAUCUGCAGACUCGAUACUAGUGAAGUGGGAAGAUAUUCCUGUGGAGGAGCUGAGAGGCUUUUUAAGAGGCUAUUUAUUUUACUUUGAAAAAGGAGAGAGAGACACCUCUAAGAUGCGGGGUUUGGAAUCAGGCCGUCCCGACGUGAAAGUUAAGAACAUCACCGACGUAUCCCAGAAGACGCUGAGGAUCGCCGACCUGCAGAGCAAGACCAGCUACCACCUGGUCCUGCACGCCUACACGAGCGGGGGCCUGGGUCCGGGCAGGAGCAUGUUCGUGGUGACGAAGGAGAACUCCGUGGGGUUAAUCAUCGCCAUCCUCAUCCCGGUCGCCGUGGCUGUCACGGUCGGCGUGGUAUCCAGCAUCCUUUGUUACCGGAAGCGGGAAUGGAUAAAAGAAACCUUCUACCCUGAUAUUCCAAACCCAGAAAAUUGUAAAGCAUUACAGUUUCAGAAGGGCGUCUGUGAGGGAAACAGUGCUCUUAAGACAUUGGAAAUGAACCCUUGUACCCCAAAUAACGUCGAGGUUCUGGAAACUCGGGUGACGGCUCCUAAAAUAGAAGACACAGAGAUAAUCUCUCCCGUCGCUGAGCGUCCAGGCGAGAGCCCCGAGGCAGAGCCCGAGAACCCGGUGGUGGUGUCCUACUGCCCGCCGGUCAUCGAGGAAGAGGUGCCCAACCCUGGAGCGGAUGAAGCCGGGGGCACGUCCCAGGUCAUCUACAUCGAUGUCCAGUCCAUGUACCAGCCCCAAGCAAAGCCAGAGGAAGAGCCAGAGACUGAGGCUGCGGCGGGGGCAGGCUACAAGCCCCAGAUGCACCUGCCCGUCACUUCUGCUGUGGAGCACGCAGCCGCAGAGGACGACGCAGACAACACCGCAGGCUAUAGGCCGCAGGCCAGUGUGCGUGCGUGGAGCUUAGUGUCCCCGGACUCGCCCAGGUCCACGGGCAGCAACAGCGAGGUCGGGUCCUUCGGCAGCCCCUGCUCUGUCAACUCGCGGCAGUUCCUGAUUCCUCCUAAGGACGGAGACUCCCCGAAAUCCGACGGCGGCGGGUGGUCCUUUACAAACUUCUUUCAGAACAAACCGAACGAUUAACAGCGUCCCUUCUGUCUGCCGUCUCAGUGAGCUGUCAUGGCCGGUGCUGCUGCAAGAGCACCGGGCAUCUUGGGGGGCGGGGGGGCGGGAUCCUGUGACACGUUGUCCGUGAGGUGGACUUCACUGUGUGCAGGUUACACUAGGGGUUCCUGUGCUCUUAUCGCAGUCUGAAAGCCAAAGUACGGUGGCGCGGCAGUCGGUGCACCCAACUCAGGACUCGGAGCUUUUUGUCGUUCCAGCCAAAGAAUCCCCACGUUCUCCACCUUCGAGAAGCACUUCGAGCCUGAUCCUGUCUGGCCCGCACGGGCAAAGCGAACGCGCGGCCACCGCGUCCGGUUCUGUUGUCGUGGUUUUCUCACGUGUGCACUUUGCAAGGGGGUCGAUCAGCAGGCGAGGGCGGAAAUGCCCACGUGGCGGACGGACCUGCCUGAUGCCACUUUCUGGUUGAAAACCAAGCACAGAUUUGAAGCCUCUUAAUGUCAUUCUCCUCUCUCCACAUCAUUGACUAAAGUUAAUGUAAUUUUUGGUGUAGGGACAGCUCUUUACUGUCUGUUUGAUGAAGUGUGCUGACUUCUGUGCCUACUGUGCAAUGGUUGCAAACAGUUUUCUCAGGGGUACAAACUCGGAAAACGAGCGUCCUGCCUGCCCUCGGUAGGUUUCCCGGACCUCAUUGUUACUCUUGGAACUCCCACGCUCCGUUCCCGUAUCGCAGGCGGUCGCCCUGAUAUUUCAAUCUUAAAUGCCUAAGACUAUAUAUAUAUAUAUAGGGUGUUGCUUUUUUUUCCCUUAUUCUGGGUCAUUUUAUUGUUGUUGUUCUGUAGUGUCAGUUACAUAAAUAUGUGAGCAAAACCAACGUAACUCCUAAGUCGUCAAUUCUAGUGACUCACUGUCCGAGACAACUGAGCAAUAUCUGGCAGCACCAGCUGCCUGUGUAGUUCUGACCGGUUCCCUUUCUGCCGAGAAAACCGUGCCCUGAGCCCGGGGUCCCGUAGGGGCCGUGACGCCUCCCAGCAGGUGUCGCUCCUCGAUUGGGCCUGGUGCCACUCCUCUCUCUCACAUGAUCAUCAGUCCAGACUACUCUGUCCAGACCUCAGCUGUUUUUUUAAGAAAAUAUAAACUAGAAAGAAAAAUGCUUCUUACAGGUUACUCAAGGGCUACUUUAUAUGAAAUGUCAGCCCAUUCGAAUGGACAGGCACGCCUCCAUCCCGGUUGCUUGGUGGGCCAUCCGGAGUCGGGUGUCUUCCCAGCACCCUCUGCCCACCCUUGGUGUUUGCCAGUGGUGUCUGGAUGGAACGGGGUCCUUGGAAAAGCAGGUGGAAAACUACAAAGUGUACCUUACAGUGAGCCUGCCCUCAGGUUGCCUAUGCAUUUUGUCUGUGGAUGCUUGAGUACUUAAAAUUUUGAAAUAGCUGAGUAAGUCAAAAUAUGCCUCUUUUUUCUUUCAAAAUUCCCUGAAGUUCUGUAAUGUAUUUGUACAUAAUGGAUCAGUUUUCCUCCCACUUGAUAAUGUGUCUAUCUUUAUAAAAACCAUGUUGUGAAAAAAGGCCGCAGGGUGACAAAGGACAGCAUCUGUGUAGGUACUCUGUUAUGAAUCCUGAUUUCUAACUGCUAGGAGUCAGCUGAAUUCCUGAGCUUCAUGAAAUAUGGACAUGUAAAAUGAAAUAGAAUUAAUUAUAUACCCACGUAAUGUAUUAAAACCAUAUAACAGCUCAUAGAGAUUUUCAACAAUGAGACAGGUAUCAAACCAGAGCCGCCCCUAACGGAGUUGCCCCCUCAGCUGGCUUCUCCCCUUGGGCCCCUUCCUGUGGCUUUUUUCCUAGAGACACUGAGACCUGGGGCUGCCUCUGUCCCUGCUGAAGCUUGUCAUCACCAUACCUCUUGUCCCCAACUCAUGCCUCGUGCGCCAUUGGAACAUGUAGGCCCUUAGCCUCAUCUCUCAGAGACAGGAUAAGUGCUGGCGGAGGUGAGAGUUUAUUGGUCUGAACGCCACUAACCCGCGAUAAUGGGGAAAGACUGCAAGUGGCUGAGUGAUCUCCGCCAUCAUCGGUAUUGAUGCAUUCAGCCGAGACCAUCUGAAUCCAGUGCCCUUCUACAUAAUGAUUCAUCUGUUUGGCUAACGGUGACCUCAGUCUGGCUCUUGAACCCUUCCUCCCUGUCCAAGAAUUAUGUCCACUGUGUAUGUUAUGCAGUGUUACACAUAGAACACAUUUUCACACGUCUCACAGCCAGCGCCAAGUCAGGCUUCCCUUGUGAGGAGGGUAGGUCCCGGCGGUCCCGACACUGUAUCUCCUGUGAGUGGCGCUCUUAAACAGACACUACCUAACAUAUAAGUAUCUGAGAAGACUUGGGUAGGCUUUCGACACUAAAUAGACUCUUUACGUUACAUGUUGCAUGGCGUGGGCCCGUGUACAACAAAAGCCUUUGGUGCGUUGAGCCUAGUUUGAGGCUGCGGCCCCGAGGCCUGGACAGUGGAGCUGGGAGUGCUGUGUUCCUGCGGCUCCGACCCAUUCGUGGGCAAGUUCCAGGGCAGAAGCGCCAGCCUCGCCGUCACGGCUCAUGGAUCUGAGGAGGGCGGCAUUGAGGACAGCCCGUCCUGAACACCAGGCCAAAGUCACAUUCUUAGCAUUUCCAUGCAACUUGUGUUCUUGUGGGUAAUUAGUCCCACGACUUCUUAAUUGUCUUCAUACCACCCAUACGUAAAGAGCAUUAUUGUCCUUUCUGCAUUUGAAUAGAGGUAGUGUACUAAAGGAGACGGAGGCAUAUUUUCUUCCAGAACAAAUGUGAAAUCAAUUUUAUGCUGUUUUGAAAUUAAAGUACUGCCUAACAUGUCAAUAUGCAGAAAAUGUUAUCUCAAAAUCUUCUCGCGCUCCAGCACGUAAUCUGAAAAGACCUUUUGCUUGUUUCUUUACAGUGAUUUUUGCUGUUUUCUGUUAAAAUUUGUGUAUCUUUUAUGAAAUCUUUUUUAUUUCGGAAGUGUAAAAUCGGGCAUCUCAAGAGUAACAUGGGGUCAUGGGCUGAUGACCAAGCUUAGGCACAUCGUGCAAGUUCCACGCGUAGUUUUUCGUUGGCCGCGGCCCAUCCCAGACUGGGCACGUGCAGCAGAGUUUUCCCAAGGGUCGUACCUGUCAGGCCAUAACUCGUGCGCACCUGAGACUGUGACCUGGGAGAGUCAGUGCCCUGGAAGUGGCGCCGCAGGUCGAGCAAACACUGAGGAAGACUCACAUGAAGCAUCACCAGGUUUCCUGCUUCUCCCCAGUUUGACGUGUUCGUGGUCCCUCUGUAUCUGGUGGGUGUGCACUUGGGGCGUGUCUGUGCCCAGCAGCCUGUGCCGUAGCAACCCAGCAGCACGCUGGUGCUGGUGCGCAGGCUUCCCUCUGAGGCCCAUGUUUCAGGAUGGUCUUUCCUGCUGAGACGAGGUUCUGCACUGCCAUGCCCAUCAUUUAUAUUCAAAAGAACUUUCCCACACAAGGAAAGGACCUGUGGCCAGACUGAACUGGACGUGCACCUUUUAGGCACGACCUGAGAAUAUCGUGGGAAAUCACUCGGUUUGAUUUGGUCUCUUUCUGUCUUGGUGGACUGAGUACCAGGGCAGUUUCCCAGGCCGGUCUGGAGGAUUAAGGGCAGCAUUCAGUUCACGUGCCAGGCUUUCUUGUGGAUGGCGACGUUUUAGGGGAUGUGCUUUGAUCUAGAAUACAUCCAAGUCUGCGUGAUUACUGCAUUGAGUUAUGACAGGGUUCUGUUAUUUUUAACCACAAGUCACGCUCGUUUGUCCCUCCAUUAAGAAUGUUAAUGUUCUGGAUCACAGGUUCCUGGUUAUACACCAUUUACCUGUGCAAGACACAUUCUAACUGCGCAACACUUUCAUCAAAGUUAAAAGUAGUAUUUUAAGAAGGAAAUCCUCCGAAUGUUUUUAUGUGUAAGUGCCUAGCUGACGAACCACAGAGACAAAAAAAUCAGGACCUCUAAAUUAAAUUUUAAUUUUUAACCUAUUGAAUGUUAACCAAUACAAACCAGUAGGGAUUUACCUUACUUUUUGGUAGCAGCAACUCACCCUAGAAGCUAAGAGAUGUGAAUGGGUAAAAAAUUAAUAUCCAAUUAAAAAGGAAGUUGAUUUCAUGGUAUUUACAUAUCUCUGCUGAGAUUGCCUUUGCAGUAGCCAUUCAGAACCUUUAAAAAUAAAGUGGUAACAGCUUGGACCUCACACGGAACAUAAGCCAGAAACAGUUUGUGCACCUGAUUGGACGGCUCACUGAAGAGCAUUGCGUUCCCUUGUACCCACUGAACAUGUGCUUUUCUUUGGAGUUAUUCCAUUUCAAAUGAGUAGCUUUCAAUUUCUGAACUCACUGUUUUCUCUAAGCAUUCCAGCAGUGUAUCAUAAAACAUCCAAAGAUUUACCAGCGGUAACACCAUUAUUAUUAAAACAUGGGCAAGUUAGCUGUUGGGUUUGGUGUUGGUGUUUUGCAUUUGAUCAAAGAAAACAAUACUGAACAAUAAUUUUCAUGUAUUUUUUCAAAUAUCGUACCCCCAGUUUGAUUCCAAAUACUUCUCCCCAUUAUUUAUGAUAUAUUCUUCCAUUUAAUUCUUGUCUUCCAACAUCAUGUUUUGGAAAAGUAUGGACACGGCCUUUAAAAAAAACAAACAAACAUUUCAGUUCAGAAUUGCUUGACAAGCUCGGCCUGGAAAGGCAUCCUAAAGUUGAGGUGGCGCCACCUGAAAAAAGUAUGUCUGUAGGUCAAAUCAUUUUGAAAUACUCAACGUUUUUUAGUAGGAAUGUAUUACUUUUUAGCUGACCGUAAGUUCUUACAAUGCUAGGAAAUCACAUUUUUACUUUCAAAAUCGCAUUAUAGUGAAUUCCUGUUUACAAAAUACACAUACUGUGAACAGAUACAAGUUUUUGUUUUUUUAUGAGGUUGUUUGUAGAAUGAUUUUUUUUUUCAAAGGGGAUGUUAUAUGUUAAAUAUUUUCAAUUUUUUAAAAUAAAUACUAGCAACUGUUUACUACUUUUUGUUUGGUCAGGCGUGUGCAGAUGUAGCUGAAAGACAGGGAGAAAUUGCAGAGCUAAGACUGUUCUGUUCUCAUUUCUGCAGUGGUACCACUGCUGACCUCUUUUCUGACCCGAGUGAUCAGUCGCAAUGUUCCGUAUCUAAAAAUCAUGCUUAAUCAUGUAAGAAAACAUUUAAACACAUAUAUAGGAAGCAAACCAUUGGAUGUAGGGUAUUUGUGUGAUUCGGUCUGAUUCGCAGAAAUCUGAGUUUAAUAUAUGGAAUAAAACAACUCAAUUUACACAGGUGACAAGUAUUUUCUGCCUUGUGAAAAUUUGGAGAGUACGUUGCACUAGAGUGGAAAAUUUGAUCAUUUCAUAUCAUUGUGUAAUUUCAGAACUUAGUUUCAAUAUCUUUUGGAAAACAUGUUUAUAGCAAGAACAUAGAGUAUAAAUAACCUAUCACUAAGAGACCUUAAAUGUAAAAUUAGUAUGCUUGGCUGUUAACUCCUAAAGAUGUUCCUUAUGUCUGUUUUUAAAACAUGCAUGUAUUUAACAGUUUUAUCAUAGUAUUGUCAUGGAAGAAAUAAAUAUAUUUUCUUACAACUUA